AUGUGGGACCAGUCACUCUGGACCCUGUAUGUGGAACCAGUCACUCUGGACCCUGUAUCCUGUAUGUGGAACCAGUCACUCUGUAUCCUGUAUGUGGGACCAGUCACUCUGGACCCGGUAUGUGGAACCAGUCCCUCUGGACCCGCCCUCCACACCACCGACUUCCAGCCUCCACACCACCGACCUCCAGCCCUCCACACCACCGACCUCCAGCCUCCACACCACCGACCUCCAGCCCUCCACACCACUGACCUCCAUCCCUCCACACCACCGACCUCCAGCCCUCCACACCACCGACUUCCAGCCUCCACACCACCGACCUCCAGCCCUCCACACCACCGACCUCCAGCCUCCACACCACCGACCUCCAGCCCUCCACACCACCGACCUCCAGCCUCCACACCACCGACCUCCAGCCUCCACACCACCGACCUCCAGCCUCCACACCACCGACCUCCAGCCCUCCACACCACCGACCUCCAGCCCUCCACACCACCGACCUCCAGCCUCCACACCACCGACCUCCAGCCUCCACACCACCGACCUCCAGCCUCCACACCACCGACCUCCAGCCCUCCACACCACCGACCUCCAGCCCUCCACACCACCGACCUCCAGCCCUCCACACCACCGCCCUCCAGCCCUCCACACCACCGCCCUCCAGCCCUCCACACCACCGACCUCCAGCCUCCACACCACCGCCCUCCAGCCCUUCACACCACCGCCCUCCAGCCCUGCACACCACCGACCUCCAGCCCUCCACACCACCGACCUCCAGCCUUCACACCACCGACCUCCAGCCCUCCACACCACCGACCUCCAGCCUCCAAACCACCGACCUCCAGCCCUCCACACCACCGACCUCCAGCCUCCACACCACCGCCCUCCAGCCCUCCACACCACCGACCUCCAGCCUUCCACACCACCGACCUCCAGCCCUCCACACCACCGACCUCCAGCCCUCCACACCACCGACCUCCAGCCCUACACACCACCGACCUCCAGCCCUCCACACCACCGACCUCCAGCCCUCCACACCACCGACCUCCAGUCCUCCACAACACCGACCUCCAGCCUCCACACCACCGACCUCCAGCCUCCAAACCACCGCCCUCCAGCCCUCCACACCACCGCCCUCCAGCCCUCCACACCACCGACCUCCAGCCCUCCACACCACCGACCUCCAGCCUUCACACCACCGACCUCCAGCCCUCCACACCACCGACGUCCAGCCUCCAAACCACCGACCUCCAGCCCUCCACACCACCGACCUCCAGCCUCCAAACCACCGACCUCCAGCCUCCACACCACCGACCUCCAGCCUCCACACCACCGACCUCCAGCCUCCACACCACCGACCUCCAGCCCUCCACACCACCGACCUCCAGCCUUCACACCACCGACCUCCAGCCCUCCACACCACCGACGUCCAGCCUCCAAACCACCGACCUCCAGCCCUCCACACCACCGACCUCCAGCCUUCACACCACCGACCUCCAGCCUCCACACCACCGACCUCCAGCCUCCACACCACCGACCUCCAGCCUCCACACCACCGACCUCCAGCCUCCACACCACCGACCUCCAGCCCUCCACACCACCGACCUCCAGCCUCCACACCACCGACCUCCAGCCUCCACACCACCGACCUCCAGCCCUCCACACCACCGACCUCCAGCCUCCACACCACCGACCUCCAGCCUCCACACCACCGACCUCCAGCCUCCACACCACCGACCUCCAGCCCUCCACACCACCGACCUCCAGCCCUCCACACCACCGACCUCCAGCCCUCCACACCACCGACCUCCAGCCCUCCACACCACCGACCUCCAGCCUCCACACCACCGACCUCCAGCCCUCCACACCACCGACCUCCAGCCUCCACACCACCGACCUCCAGCCCUCCACACCACCGACCUCCAGCCCUCCACACCACCGACCUCCAGCCUUCACACCACCGACCUCCAGCCCUCCACACCACCGACCUCCAGCCUCCACACCACCGACCUCCAGCCCUCCGGUCCGAUGGAAUGUUCUCCCUCCUCCACCCCUCCUAUUUCCCCCCAGGAGGAGCAGGCAGCUGAGGCCAGGGUGGAGGGACGUGUUGCCAGACCUCAGCCAGGUGGCUCGUCCUCGAAUGUUUUUACCUCCAGGGACGUGUUGUCCAGACCUCAGCCAGGUGGCUCGUCCUCUGACAUGUUUUACCUCCAGGACGUGUUGUCCAGACCUCAGCCAGGUGGCUCGUCCUCUGACAUGUUUCACCUCCAGGGACGUGUUGUCCAGACCUCAGCCAGGGACGUUGUGCCAGACCUCAGCAGUGGCUCGUCCUCUGACAUGUUUUUCACCUCCAGGGACGUGUUGUUCAGACCUCAGCCAGGUGGCUCGUCCUCUGACAGUUUUUUCACCUCCAGGGACGUUGUCCAGACUCAGAGGUGGCUCGUCUCUGACAUGUUUUUCACUCCAGGGACGUGUUGUCCAGACCUCCGCCAGGACGUGUUGUCCAGACUCCAGCCAGGUGGCUCGUCCUCUGACAUGUUUUUUACCUCCAGGGACGUGUUGUCCAGACCUCAGCCAGGUGGCUCGUCCUCUGACAUGUUUUUCACCUCCAGGGCCACGUUGUCCAGACCUCAGUCAGGUGGCUCGUCCUCUGACAUGUUUUUCACCUCCAGGGACGUGUUGUCCAGACCUCAGCCAGGUGGCUCGUCCUCUGACAUGUUUUUCACCUCCAGGGCCACGUUGUCCAGACUUCAGUCAGGUGGCUCGUCCUCUGACAUGUUUUUCACCUCCAGGGCCAUGUUGUCCAGACUUCAGUCAGGUGGCUCAUCCUCUGACAUGUUUUUCACCUCCAGGGACGUGUUGUCCAGACCUCAGCCAGGUGGCUCGUCCUCUGACAUGUUUUUUACCUCCAGGGACAUGUUGUCCAGACCUCAGCCAGGUGGCUCGUCCUCUGACAUGUUUUUCACCUCCAGGGACGUGUUGUCCAGACCUCAGCCAGGUGGCUCGUCCUCUGACAUGUUUUUUACCUCCAGGGACGUGUUGUCCAGACCUCAGCCAGGUGGCUCGUCCUCUGACAUGUUUUUUACCUCCAGGGACGUGUUGUCCAGACCUCAGCCAGGUGGCUCGUCCUCUGACAUGUUUUUUACCUCCAGGGACACAUUGUCCAGACCUCAGCCAGGUGGCUCGUCCUCUGACAUGUUUUUUACCUCCAGGGACACAUUGUCCAGACCUCAGCCAGGUGGCUCGUCCUCUGACAUGUUUUUUACCUCCAGGGACACGUUGUCCAGACCUCAGCCAGGUGGCUCGUCCUCUGACAUGUUUUUUUACCUCCAGGGGCGUGUUGUCCAGACCUCAGCCAGGUGGCUCGUCCUCUGA